AUGCGCCUCGUUGGCUCUCAAGACGGUCACGACAUCUCGGAGUGUAGAAUCCGGCGGCAUCUGCCAGUAAUCAAUGGCGAUAGCCAGUAUUGGGAGAUUCUCAAUAUUACCCUUGUCAAGUUCCUUCAAGAACUCGGUGUAGGUAUGAAUCGCUUCUUCUUCCAAGUAUCCUACGACUCGGCAAGGAAAUUUGCUUCAUUCCUUCUGCACCGUUGCUCAUUUUUGUUUCACUUUAGGCAUGUUAAUUCUUUCUCCCAUAUAACAAUCUUUGUUUUGUUAAAUGUACCAGGUGAUAAUGGAAUUAUAGAUGGGCAGGGAUCUGUAUGGUGGGAGUCAUUCAGUUCUCAUUCUUUAAACUAUAGCCGUCCUCGUCUUGUGGAAAAUAUUGGCUGCAAGGAUGUUGUAGUUUCGAAUCUCACAUUCUUGAAUUCCCCUGCCUGGAACAUCCAUCCAGUUUAUUGCAGCAAUGUGCAAGUGCAAAAUAUUACUAUUCAUGCUCCACCUGAAUCUCCCCACGCUGUUGGUAUAGUUCCAGAUUCUUCCGACAAUGUGUGCAUUGAGGACUCCAGUAUUAGCGUGGGUUAUGAUGCUAUUUCAUUUAAGAGUGGUUGGGAUGAGUAUGGCAUUGCCUACGGAAGAUCGACCAGGAAUGUUCACAUCAGAGGGACUCACCUUCAAGGUUCUACAGGUUCUGCCCUGGCUUUUGGUAGUGAGAUGUCUGGUGGCAUCUCUGACAUCAUUGUGGAGGGUCUGCACAUACAUAAUUCCUUCACUGGUAUUGCAUUCAAGACUACCAAGGGCAGAGGCGGUUAUAUAAAAGACAUCUUUUUGUCAUAUUUAGAAAUGGAAAAUGUCUACAAGGCACUCAAAGCCACAGGUCAAUUUGGAUCCCACCCAGAUGACAAGUUUGAUCCAAAUGCUCUGCCAGUUAUUGAUCGCAUCACCUUGGAAAACAUUGUUGGCACAAACAUCAAUGUUGCUGGAGAUCUUGAAGGAAUUCAAGAGUCUCCCUUCACCUCCAUCUGUCUUUCCAAUGUCUCUUUUUUAAUGACUUUUGGCACAUCUGCUUCAUGGUACUGUUCAAGUGUAUUGGGAUUUUCUGAUUUAGUGUUCCCAGAACCAUGUCUGGAUCUCAAGAGCUCCUAUUCAAAUUCUUCAUCUGCCAGCUUUUCCCUGGCAUCUUCUGAUGGUUAUGCUGCAGCCUCGUGAGAUUUUCACUUUGCAAAUACUUCCUUGCAGCUCCUGUACAACGAGAGAGAAACCCACCCAUUCUGAACCU